AGUUUAUUUACUGAUCACAUUUAGAUUUCGGACGUCAGUUGAUGGGAUUUUAUUAAGUCGCGCGGCAAAAGUGUGAGCGCAUCGUGGUUCCCAUAAGAAUUCAUUGUUUGCGCAUUCCCAUAGUUUGAAACUUAGUAAAGUUACCGCUAUAUCUAAUUAAAAUAUUUAUUUACAGUUAUCGUAAUUUUGAGUAUCGUACAGUUUAGUUUUCUUUUUUAAAUACAUAGUGUAUCGAAGGUGUGUCUGCGUUCGAACGUUCGAAUUUCAAAUUGUGAGUUAACAUCCGUGCAUUCGAGUGUAAAACAAAUUAAAUGUGCAUACAACAAUGCAUAAAUUGGUAGAAGUUAAAUGUGUGUUAAUUAAUUCAUAAUAAGUUGUUUCAUACUUGAGUGAUUUGUGACUGGAGCCGAGACGAGUUUUAGAGCAAACAUGUGUACAACACAGGCGUAAGACAUCAGAUCCUGAUGUUGAAGAGUGCUUAUGAGAUAGGCUGAGUCAUGCAGCCAUGGCCAGCGGCAAGGCACUGUAUUCCAUAGCCGUCGUGGUGCUUGGGUUUAUUUGCUUUGUCGUUGGAGCGGUCGCUGUGGGGCUCCCCGCGUGGGGACACUUUUAUAGCUUUGAGAACCCAAACUACGAUCAAGGCUACUUCGGGCCAUGGCGUGUCUGCAAGCGGCUGCUUUACUAUCGGGAGAAAUGCGGCACCGACGUCUCCAAGUUCCGACCGUCGACGGCGGUGUACAUAGCGGGCGUGGUGGCGUCGGUCGGCGUGUCCGUGCUGGGCGUGUUCUGCGUGCUGUCGGUGCUGCAGCUCGCCAUGAUCUCGUCCAAGGAGCGCGUCGGCUUCAAGUACACGCAUCUCGUCAUGAGCAAGCUCGCUUUGGCGCUUCUCGCGACAUUGCUGUCAAUAGCGGCGGCUGGACUGUUCGCUGUGCAAGGCGAUGACAGGGGCUUCUAUCUGGUUAGAGGCGAAGCAUUCUACGUACAGAUAGUAUGCAUAGUGAUAAACUCUGCGCUCUUCAUAAUGUCACUGUACGACACGCUGUUCUCGCGGCGGGUGGGGGGCGACCCCACCAACCCCCUCGGCGAGCCCGAGAACGGAACCACCAUUAAUAACCCCGGAUUCAAAGAGGGCAAAGGUAUAUCAAUGACGGAUGCCUCUGGCAAACCCUACAGUACGAAUGGUCAUGGCAGCGUUGCUUCCAUGAACACCACGGCAACCACCCUCACCGGCCUGUCAGAUGCUAGCACCAUCACCAGGUCACCCCUCCGGUCUUCGCUGAAGAAACCCAGACCCAGGGAAGGAGAGCCCGGGGGCAUGGGUAUACAGAACCCCGGCUACUCGGGGCAUUCACCACCCCUGGGCAGGAACGGUAGCCAGAAGAAGGUACGGAUACAAACCCAUAGUACCGAAGUGUGAUUUAAUAUUACCACAGUACUGACUGACUCCGUAGUGGAUGUAGAAAGAAUUGUUUAAUCACAAAAAUGUGGAAAAUAUAUCGUAUUAUGGUUAAUGGUAGCCGGAUAUAAACACAAAACCGAAGUGUGAUUUCAAAAUGGUUUAAAUGUAAAGACUUUAAAAACUACAUAACCACAGUACUGAUUGAUAGUGUGUGUAGACCAAAUUGUAUAAUUACAGUGUGACUGUAACGUUAGCCACAGACGAUCAAGUUAACCGUCCAGUUUUCGACGGGCUUGUUGGUGUGGACAAUGAAAAAUAUAUCGAAAUAUGGUCAUGGUUUCUAUAUUUUUUUUAAUGUCGACAUCUUGAAGUAAGCUGCAAACUGGACGGUAAACUUGAUGGUGUGUGGCAAAAGCUUCCUCUUACACACACAAUUAUUGCAAUAUAGGCCAUAUAAACAUAUGGCCCUUAAGUAUUGCAUGCAGGACUAUAAUUUUAUAAUGAAUAUUAUUAUUAAUUUAUUAUGAAACACGGCUAAAAAUCAUGUGAUACAACGUCGGAGUAUGCCUGACUAGUUUCGAUACGGGGCCCUUAGUCAUAAGCUAGUUAUUGCAACGCGGCACGUGCCCCUCUCGUAACGCGCCGCGUUGCAUGAACCAGCUCAUGACUAAGGGCUCCGGACGUUGUAUGUAUCACGUGAGUUUUAGCCUAUAAAUUAAUAUAAAUAUGAAUAUUAUUGGCAAUAAUAAUGUCUGUAUGGGGAAGCUUUUAGUCAUAUUAUAGGUAAUUUGAUAAAUAGCGAUGUUAGUGUUUUAGAUAUGGGAUGUUCUUUUUAUUUAUAACACAAUGUCUGUUUCAUUAGAGAAACACCAAUGUAAAGUGUUUGUAAUUGUUAUAAAUUACCCCAAUAGGCCUACAACUUUAUACUAUUAAUAGUAAAAAUACCAUAAAUAUUAUUAUUAUAAUAUAUAUUAUAUGGAACGAUUAUAAGUUUCUUGAAAUAUUACUGCACUAGUAAUUUUAAUAGUACAUUUAUUAAUUGUUUUUAACUGGCAUCUUAGGACACACACACACAUUGGUGUAUAUGUAGUGUCUAAUAAGGCAUGACGUCACAGUAAAAAAAUUAAAAAAAUAUUGCGUCCAUUCAUAGAUAAUGCAAGCACAGUGUAUGAAUAUAUUAAAGUGUCACUUGAAAAUAAUUUAUAUGUACGACCUUUUGAAUAUUUUUACUUCUACUACUUGAAUGUGUUAACUAUUUUUUGUAGUACAUUUUCAUAUAAAUUUUAUUUAUUGACUCACAGUAUAUAUAGGCUGGAUCCUAAAUUAACAAACCUUGAAAAUCUAAAAGGAGUGUUAAUAUCAUAAAAAACAACAAUAUACCAACAUUUUUUGUGUUUAGUAUGGUCGAUCUACUCGUAUUCCGGAAUGCCUUUUUAGUUUUGGAUAAAUCAGUAAGAAUACAGACUAAAACAUUUAUUUGUGUGUAUAAACUGAAAGAACAUUAUCACUGUAUAUGCACACACAUAUUAAAUUUUACACAUCAACCACACAUAUGCAAUUUUACACAUAAACACACUUAUCAAACGCUGGUCCAAAAAUUGCUUGUAUGUGUGUGUGUGUAACACAGUUAAUUUUACACACCAACAAAUGCUUGUCCGAAGACAAGCUAGUGUUUGGACAAACGUUUGACGAGUGUGUUUGUGUUUAAAAUUAAAUAUGUGUGCAUUUACAGUAAUAAUGUUCUUUCAGUUUAUACACACAAAUAAAUGUGUUUAAAGUCUUUUACAGAUAGCAUGGGUACGGUGACAAUUCGUUUCACCCUUGACAGCAGCGAUUCAACGAUAAUAGUACAUAUUGUGAAUGUCAUAAGGCAACACUGUCAACGUACCGUACCCAUACAUAUAUAUUUAUAGAGGGGACGUCUGACGAGGCCAGACGGGUGAUCCUAAUUAGGGACCAUUCCACCCAAUUCCCGUGGUAAAAGACACAGGUUCAGUGGUGUCUCGACAGUGUUCCCCCCUCAAAUCUUCCUGUAGCCUUCGUGAACCUAACAAUAUCCCCUAUACUGAGAUCUGUUAGGUCUACUUCAUUUAAUGUAUCCUUACCUAGUAACUCCCAUCUUACCAGCGCGAACAUGGGACACUCAGCUAUAAAGUGAUAGCUGGUCUCCUCACCACAACCUGGACAUGAUGAAUCUUCUAUGAUUUUCAUUAUCUUCAAGUGUCUAUUGAGCAGACAAUGUCCAGUUGUCAUGCCUGCUACCAGUGCUAUGUUGGGUCUGCUUUGUAACAGUAGUUGUGUUGUUUUCUUCUUGUCGAAUGACUUCAGGAACAUUUUUGACUGUCUGCAUUUUGUCGAGCUGUUCCAUCGUGUAUUCGAUUCUCUUUCUAUGAUUCCUUCAAUAACCCUGUACCAUACCCAUGCUAUCUGAAAUAGACCAUAGUCUGUAUUUUUACUACUACAUUCAAAGAUAAAUAUGACUUCCUAGAAUAGAUUUACUAUAAUUAGUAGAAUAUGAAAUGGUCACAUACUAGCGGUUUUCAAAACUCAUGUCUUUUAUAAAACAAAUAAAGUAGGUUUUAUAAUAAAGACUAAGUUACAUUUAAUACACACUGUUUCAUACUCUGUUAAAACCUCAUAAAAGUAAAACUUUGGAGCAAAAAACCCGUUACUAAAUACAUGAAUAUUGUAAACAAAAAAUCGCACGCAGGGUAUCAAAUAUAUUAGAAAUUUUAAAAAAAAGAUGAUUAUAGCACAAUUUUACCAACAAAUUAACUAUUUUCUUAGCUAUGUCUAUUUUUUUUAUAAAUUUAUUUUUGCUUCUAUUUACGCAAAUAAAAGUAUACAUUUUGUUAAUAUGUAUAAUGUUUGUAAUAAUGGUUCCGUUAUAAACAAAUCAGUUAAACAAUAUAUGUAAAUAAAUAUACAGUAAAAUAAACAAUAAAUUAAUAGUCAUUAGGUAUGUGAAGGUAAUAACCAUAUUUUGCAAGUAAACUUUUUUAAAUCAUCAAACACAUUUUGCUGAACUAGGGCGGAAAAUAAAUUUUUGAAUCACUAUCAACUUUAUACUCAUCCUCAACAAAUCUAUGAUAAAAAUAAAAUUCUAAAAAUAAUAAAUAUAUUAUUUUCUGCAAAAUAAGCAAUAAGAAAGUUUAUAAACAUUUAGCGCGCUUUGCGUGGACUAUGACGUCACAAAUUUCUAAAGCUACUUUUCUUUGGGUUCCCUGAUUUUGUACAUAACGUGGAAAAUUGCGUCACUUUUCGAAUGGACCAAUAGCGAACGUUUCACUAUUAUUAAAUAUCCCGGGAAUUUUACAUUUUCAUAACUAAUGAAUAAUUUUUAAUUUUUAAUAAUUUAUAAAAUUGACAAUCUAAACUGAGUAAAUUAAUAAAAUAUUGUUGUGAGUAUGAAAAAUAUACCAAUAAGGAAUACAAAGAAAAAUAUCUGGUAGCUAUGGUAUUUAAUGAUUCAAAAAUUUAGUUUCGCCUUAGUAGUAGCCUGGUCUUUUUUGGUAUUGCAUAUUUUUAUAAUCAAAAAUAUCACUUACUGAUAUAGUAUUAAGUAAAAAAAUUCAUUAAUUUUAUUUGUAAGCUAUAAUUAUACCUAAGUAGCGGAAAUUUGUCUAAAAAACAACAAGGUGACAGAAAGAAGUUUUUUGAGUUUUCCUCGUCUUCUACUUCUACAUUCAAUUUUUUUUUAUUAAUUUUAAGUUUAUCAUGUAUAUUUUGUUUGAACAUAGUUCUGAAUAUUUUUUUGUGUUUUUUUUACACAUUCGUAUAGUAGUAUGGCACAAAGUGUUUAAAGGAAUAAAAAUAUUUCUACAAUUUCUAAAAUAGAGUGUUUGACAAUUUUUUUAAAAGUUUAAUGAAAUUUUAAUAUUUUUUUGGUACAUACAUAGUGAUUUUCAAGAUAAAACGUGAUGCUAUUAUUUUUUACAUGUAUUUUUCCAAGUAAAAGUUAUAAUUAAUAUCAAAACUGCAUACAAUCCAUUCCGGGAAGUCAGUUCUGCUUUAGAAGAUGACUGACUAAGCCCAUUAACCAUUUAAACUGUGUUUAAACUAAAUGAGCAUUAUCAGGAAACUUCACAGUAGUUUCAUUCGUCUUAAACCGAAAUCCCACCAAAUGUAUAUUAUCCAUUUCUUAGUGCUAUUAUAAACCUAGCCUAAACUAGGUCUAAGGUCAAUGACUUCAUACUUACGAAACAGGAUGUUUGAUUUUUUUUUGCUAGCGUGUGAAUUGGCUUGAGGCCAUUUUUAAUAUUGUUAAGGGCUUUCUUGUAUUGGACUAAUAAACGUUGGGGCGGCUUACAGACGGUGAAACUAGCUCAGUGUAUAUUCUGAUUAAAUUUUUGAAUAAGUUAAAACCAUUAAUAUAAUAGGUUUAACUUAUUUAGAAACCUUACUAUAAGCAUCCAAUGCUAAACUGACUUCCCUAAAUAUAUUGACUAUAACCGAGUCGUGAUAUUGAAAAUGGAUUAAUGUAAAUAAUGGUCAAACGCUCUAUACUUUAUGUAAAUCAUGCUAUAUAAUCUCAUCUACUUAAUAUGUUGCAAUAUAAUAAUUAUGUGUUCAGUUUCAAUCCAAUUUAUCAUUACGAGUAAUUGGCAUGCUAACAAAAUUGACCACAAUUGAUAUAAUCCUUGAAGAAAAGCUAGAUAAUGUUAUGGAUAAUUCAUAAAUAAUCUAACUCAUGACCGAUUUCCAUAAUGCAUGCGAUCAUAAGCAUGAGAUUUUCAAAAAAUAUCAGAUUGUUUACUUAAUUAAUUUGACCAGAGAUGAAUAUUCUCACAAAGAGACAAUAGUGCCUCGCUUUUAUAAUGAAUUGGAUUGAAACUUAUUUAGUUUAAGGCCGGAUACAUACUUGUAACACGGGACACAUUUAACAGCCCUGUUAUAAGUGUGCCAGGGGCAUAAUAUAGAAUUUAUAUUAGUAAUUUGUAUAUACGCAAUGAUAAUAUAAGAAAGACCCCACCAGGCUCGUUACACGACCCAUCACAUUAAUUAAGUUUUAUAAUUAUUGUGUUUAUUAUAUCCAGGUUUCUGAAAAUCUGAUUUUAAUGACGAUCAAAUUAACUAACGGUUAAAGUAACUGAUCAUUCAGUUAUGUUUGAAAUAGGUUAACUGUGAUCAUUAGAUAUUUUACUAUACAGUUUUAUUAUAGUUGAAUACUUGAUUUUUGAGUUUCUUCUCAGCAGAACCUGCCUUCCGCACCAGUGGUAAAGUCUUUACAAAUGGUCAAACUUGAUAUGUCAAAAGUGCUUGUAAACUAUGCCUACUUAAAAAACGAUUAUUAUGACUCGCGUUUGGCUACUCCUUCUUCACUUAAUUUAAUUAAAUCAAGUAAUUAGUUAUCAGUACAUUUAAUUAAAUCAAGUAAUUAGUUAUCAGUUCAUUUAAUUAAAUCAAUUAAUUAUUUAUCAGUUCAUUGAAUAAAAUCAAGUAAUUAGUUAUCAGUUCACUUUUUUAAAUCAAUUAAUUAGUUUUCAGUUCAUUUAAUUAAAUCAAGUAAUUAGUUAUCUGUUCAUUUAAUUAAAACAAGUAAUUAGUUAUCAGUUCAUUUAAUUAAAUCAAUUAAUUAGUUAUCAGUUAAUUAAAUCAAGUAAUUAAUUAUCUGUUUAUUUAAUUAAAUCAAGUACAUAAUUAGUUAUUAGUUAUUGAACCGAUAUACAAAUUUUGUCAUGAUUUCAGAAACCUGGUGUCAAUGUAUGUACCUAUCUUUAUUUUAAAAUAUAAAUUAUUGUAUUAAAAAUUGUGCCUUGGCCUUCCGAAUGUGCCUUGUCCUUUGGCCUUCUCUUGUAAGUAUAUUAAUUUGUUAAGAGUCCACUCCAUGAUUAACUUGCCACUUAUAUUAUUGACUUUGAUAAUACUGAUAAUUUUCAUAAUCUUCAAUUUAUUUAACCUGAACUCAGAUCUGUUGGUUCUACAGGAGGGUAUAGAACUAAAAUCCACUACAAUGUUCCAACGUGAUUUGGCGGGCAUAUAUCACUCACUUAAAAAAAGCAGGGUAAUUUAUUUCUAUUUUUUUUAUUUGAAUAUAGCCUCCGUGGCGCAGUGGAUUUACAAGACGCAGGUCCUGGAUUCGAUCUUCGGCUGGGCCGUUCGAGCUUCUCUUAAUUGGUCUGGGUCUGGCUGGAGGCUUCGGCCGUGGCUAGUUACUGUCAAAGACUGAUUUAGCGAUCCCGCUUCCAUCUUAGAUUGCAUCAUCACUUACCAUCAGGUGAGAUUGCAGUCAAGGGUUAACUUGUAAAGAAAAAAAAAUAGUGCUUAAACCCGCCAACCCACAUUGAAGUAGGGUAGUGGCCUUUGUACCGACCUUUCUUACACCAUCUUCAAGCUCAAUAGCUCCUAGGCCGGACGGUAUUCCGAAUGGUCCAAGAUUCGAUCCCUGUUAAACUAUUGAAAUACCUGUAUGUUACCUGCGCUAACUAAAAGGCUUUUUGUUCAGUAAAAUGGGAAUCGAAAUGGUAAUGUUUUUAAAAUACAAGGUUAACAGUGUACAUAUUUUUCAAAAAAAACGUAAUUUUGAAAAAAAAAAUAUAGGGAGUCAAUGUAACAUUCUGAGGUAUAGUUUAAUCAUGGUGUUUAUUAUAUUUUAAGUUAAUUAUUAUAGGUCCAUCCGUCCAAAAUCUGGUCCACAUUUAAUUUUGACCUUAAAAUGUAUUGUAUAUUUAGUUGUAGUCAUAAGUUUGACAUUUAAAUCAGAUUUUUAUUAUUGUUAUGUUCUAUAGUUGGUAUUGAUUGCUUGCGAAGCAAUAUGUUUUUGGAUAUACAUAUUUUUUUUUAAAAACUAAAUUCUUUGCCUAUUUACGAAAAGUCCACGUGUGUGCGAGUUAUUUUUAUUUGACACCUCAAUACAUUUACAAAAUGUGUUUUUAAAGCGGGUCACAUGAUAAAAAACUACAUGUUAUUUUUUAACCGACUUCAAACAAAAACGACUCGUAUGUUUUUUCUUUUUGAUGUUUGUUAUCUCAUAACUUCGUCAUUUAUCACCAAUUUUGAAAAUUCUUUUUUGGUCCCAUUUCAUUUUCAUGAAAAUCGGUUUAGUAAUUUUGUGUUAAAAUUAAAGUAACUGAAAUACGUCUUUGAAGUCGGUUCCAUUUUUAUGUUAAAAAGAUUAAUUUAAUAAUAUAUUGAAAUUAAAAAAAAACUUCAUUGUCUAUAUGAUUUUAUAAUACAGUAUAUUAUAAAAUCAUAAACAUAUACAACCAUAUUUUUUGUCAGCACACUUCAAUAGCCUUCUUCAUAUAGGUAUUUGGAGCUGAAACCCAACACGCAGCUCAAAUGUGGGUAUGUGGGUGUCUUAUGAUAUAAUACAGAAUACAAAAGCUGAAUGUAAUGAGUUGAGGUGCAAAGUAAGAAUAAUUCGUAUAUAAGACUUAAAUCUGUGUUUACAACGUAGGAUUAUGUUGUACGUGUUAGAUAUAUUAUAAUAUUGUCAUUAUAAAUGAUAGAAACAUU